GUUCAACCGCCGGCGACAAGGAUGGCAGCAAUCAACCUCCAGAACAUCCGGGUCUACUGGCUCGCUUUCGUCGCCUACUGGGGCAUCAUCCUUUUCGGCUAUGACACCGGUAUCGCGGGUGGUGUCGUUUCUCAGAAGUUCUUCGAGCAGGAGUUCGAUAUGUUGAAUCCCGACCUCACGCCGAACACGAAGAAGACUAACGAGGUUUCUUCCAACGUCGUCUCGGUCCUCCAGGGUGGCGCUUUCUUCGGUGCAAUCCUGUCGGCUCCCAUCUCCGCUAAGAUUGGCCGCAAGUGGACGCUCGUCGCGUUCUCCGUUAUCUUCAUGGUCGGCGCGAUCCUCACCACCGUCGCGGGGGGUGGAAGCCACGGGCUGAAACUCAUCUACGCCGGCCGUGUUAUCUCCGGUUUCGGAAUCGGCGCGAUCUCCGCGGUUUCCCCUGCCUACGUCUCGGAAUGCUCUCCGAAGGACGUUCGUGGCCGAAUCACCGGUCUUUUCCAGAUCAUGGUGGCAGUAGGUGUCAUGGUCUCGUACUUCUUGAACUACGGUAUCUCCCUCAACGACAAGUUGAAGGCUUCUCCGCUUGUGUGGCGUGUUCCCUUUGGCUUCCAGCUCGUCCCCGCCGGCAUCAUGUGCUUGGGCCUCCUCACCGUUGCAGAGUCACCGCGUUGGCUGGCGUCUGUUGACCGAAACGAAGAGGCUUUGGCCAACCUUGCUUACCUGCGCAAGCUCCAUCCCGAGGACCCGGCCGUGCGCCACGAGAUGUCCGAGAUCGAGGCUGCUAUCAUGGAGGAACGUGAGGCUCGCAAGGGCCUCGGUCUCAAGGAGGCAUUCCUGGGCAAAGGCAACUUCAUCCGUUUCGUGAUUGCAUUCGUCAUCUUCACGCUUCAACAAUGGUCGGGGCAGAAUUCCGUGGGCUACUAUGCCCCCCAGAUCUUCAAGGCCAUCGGUUACACCGGUACCACGCCCUCGCUCCUCGCCUCUGGUAUUUACGGCGUUGUGAAGUUGGUUGCCACCGCUCUCUUCGUCUUCUUCUUUGUUGAAUGGCUCGGGCGCAAGCUCUCGCUCUUCAUCUCCGCAUUGGGCAUGGGUAUAUUCUUCUUCAUCAUUGGCGCGAUUCUCAAGACGCACCCGCCUCCGGCUUCGUACACCGGCGCAGUGCCCCAGGCCAGUCAAGCGAUGGCCGGCAUGAUCUACAUCUACGUGCUCUUUUAUUCCCUGGGAUGGGGCCCUUUGCCUUGGGUGUAUGUUGCCGAUAUCUUCCCCACUCGCACUCGGCACUACGGUCUGGCUACCGCCAGCUGCACCCAAUGGUUAUGGAACUUCGUCGUCUCUAAGGAGACCCCGACCAUCAUCACUAACCUGGGCUACAAGGUCUUCUUCAUGUUCGGCACGAUCAACAUCCUUGGUAUGGGCGUCUUCUCGCUCCUCAUUCCUGAGACCAAGGGCCGCUCCCUCGAAGAGAUGGACGUCAUCUUCGGCUCCGUUUCGCAGCAGCAGCGUGACCGGGACGUCGAAAAGUACGAGCGCGAGAUCGCGCACGAGCAGAACGACACGACCAGUCAGCGGAGCAUCGAGAACAAGGCCUGAGCACUAGUCGGCACUCCGUCUAUCCCGCUCCCUCAACGCUGUCCGCUGCGGCGAUGACGCGAGAGCGCGACCUAGACACGCUGGCGUCCCUCGAGUCUCUCCCGACGCUGUCGUACUUCCUCCGUGGUCCUACCCCUGGGCAAUAUCUCGCAACC